AAAAAGUCAAUCGAAAGAAAAGAGUCAGUAAUUCUUGGGAAGAUGGAAUUGCCUAGGUACUACAAAAACAUCAGUCUAGGCUUCAAGACACCCAAGGAGGCCAUUGAGGGCACCUACAUAGACAAGAAAUGCCCCUUCACUGGUAACGUCUCCACCAGAGGUCAGAUCUUGUCUGGUGUGACCAAGAUGAAGAUGCAGAGGGCCAUUGAUCUCCAUUAAACCCGAAAGUGCAAUCUCUUUGAGAAGCGCCACAAGAACAUGUCUGUGAACCUGUCCUCCUGCUUCAGGGAUGUACAGAUUCGCGGCACUGUCACCAUGAGAGAGUGCAGGCCCCUGAGCAAAACUGUGCACUUCAAUGUACUCAAAGUCACUAAGGCUGCUGGCACCAAGAAGCAGUUUCAGAAGUUCUGA